CCACAGGUCUUGGUCUUAUUUUCCAACAUCUUCCAUGACCUUCGCCUUGCCUUUCCCCUUCGUGAGGCGGGAAGGGGUGACGAUGCGACUCCAUCUGGUUCUCGAUGCUUCGCCCGUCCCCUCGCAGACGAUUGAUGGAGUUUGUCGGUCCCAACAAGAUCGGCUCAGGAGGCAGUCGUCAUUGUGCUGCUUUGGCGCUGCGUAAUCGGCACACUAGACAUAGAACAAGUCCCACAUUUGCCAUCACCACUGUAUUGAGCGUCAUAAGCUACACUCCCUACGCUAACGAAUCAUCAAGGCAGCAGAAUUCGAGUCGACGACAGCAAUCCACGUGGGGAUGUCGUAUCCGACGAUGCUCCUCUCCGCAAGCAACUACAAAGAAACAAGUCAGGAGAUCCCGAUUUAUUUUGAUCAUUCGCAACUAUCGAACAAUAAAACAAAAUGCAUUGAAGCCUAGAAUUCGCGCUAAAUCGAAGCCCAUACCAGCGACAUUCAAUUCGAGUUGAGUUUCUUUGACGAUGAUGACUGUUCGGUUUCGCAACUGCCGCAUGUUCGAUGUGCGCGGUGGGAGUAGUGGAGUCUAAUCGUC